ACGGAUUGUAUGAGGAAAUUAGUUUCUUUACUAUUGAUUUCUCUCACUUUGGCAAGUCAAAUUCAAGGUCCUUUAUCUAAUCCAAUAAUGAAUGAAUUAGAAUAAACACAUUUGGGGAAAGCUUUCUUGAAAUUACUUAGUCUAAAAUCAAAGGCAUAACAAUUUGAUUUCUCUAAAUUAUAUGCAGCAUUAGAUGACUUAUAAAAUUCAAUCAAAUCAAGAUUAGCAGAUGAAUAACAAGCAUAUUAGUAAGAUGAAGUCUAAUAUUUCACAAACAAGGAAUUUUUUUCAGGUCAAAUUACUCAAUUCCAGAAUGAAGUAAACCAAUUAGCUUACUUUAUUAGAUUGCAUAAUUAGAAAUAGAUGUUACAGAUUUUACUGAAAGCAGAGAUUUAUUAUAAAUUGCCUUGAAUGGAAAAAUAGAUGAUUUGAAAGAAGUUUAAUCUUUAGCUGAUGGAUUAUCAACUAGAAUCAAAAAAGAAGAAGGAAUCUUCAAUGAUUAAUAGAAUCAAUAUACAAAUGCUGUUUAAGCUCUUGAUUAGGCUUUAUAAUUAAUUGGAUAACUUAGAGAUGGUUCAUUUAUUUAGAAUAGAAGUGUUUCAUUCUUAGAAGAAGGUCUAAAAUAACUCUAACAUCAAAGAAUCAUGUAUGGACCUUUGAUUACUGCAUUAACAUAAAUUAUGGCACCAAGUUUCAAUGAUUCUGAAGCAAGUGCAAAAGUUUAAAAGUUAAUUCAAAAUUUAAGAGACACUGUUGUAAAAAAUAAAACAGACUUAGAAAAUUCUUAUCAAUAGGUAAGAGCAAUUGAUGAUCACAAUUUAAGUUAAUAUAAUUAAAGAAUAAACAAUUUAUAAACAAUUGUCAUUCCAACUAUUUAGGCUGAAAUCUAAACUAGAGAUGGUAAUUAUAGUUUAUUAUUUAUAAGCUUAAAUUUAAACUAAGUAAAAUUUACUUAGAGAUGCAUAAACCAAUUUUAAGACAGCAUCAGAUAAUUUAGAUAAUACUAAUAACAGAUGGGUUGAAAGGUAAUAAUAAUAUUUAAUUAUAGAACUAAUGAACAUAAUAAGUUAAUGGAUUAAUUAUUAACUUAAUAAUCCCUAUUUCCCAAGAUUGUAAAUCAAUUAGAGGGAGCAGGAGUUAGAAGAAGAUGAUUUUCUUAAAUUUAUCAAAAAC